GGACAGAAGAGGGGAGGAGGGAAAGGAUAGGGAGGAACCCACACCAGGGACAUUACAGGGAGAAAGCCAAGUGUCCAUGGAGGAUGAGAGGCUGAGAUGUCCCAACUUCUCAUUUGCUGAAAAUGUUGACCUUGUCCAGGCCAUCAUGGACAAUUACAGUGACCUCUUCGGGCAGGAGAAGGGCAAAGGCAUUCGCCAAAAAGAGAAAAACGGCAUGGUUGGUGGUAGAGGAUGCCGUCAACAGUGUGGCCCUGCAAAGGAGGACUGUUGAGGGCCUUAAAAAAAUGCUAGAAUUACUACAAGAGGCAGGUCAAAGAAAAGAUGGGGCAGGCAGCUAUGCACCAGAAGAGAACAGGAGAUGAUACGUAGGUCCCUGAGUAUCACAGCAGUCUGUGGACUUCCAGGGGCUCAUGACUCAGGGGCUGCAACCACAGCACAUCAUGCUGAACCUCCUGUUACGAGGAUACAAAUAUCCAUGCCUCCACCACCACCAGUCUUCAGGUAACUGCAAGAACAGUAUGCUCCCAGGCAUGAGCAUGGUUGGAUGGCUUCAGUUAAGGACUUGGGAGUGAUGCCACCACCAUUGCCAUAUGACCCCUGGCAAGAUUCCUGGCCAGAGGAAUAGCCUCCCUUUGGCUUUAAGGGGGAGCCAAGACAGCCACAAAGGGUCCAUGUUUUUAACCCCCCCCCCCACAAGACAAUCUCAUGGCAGUCAUGGAUUUUACCCACAGACUAUGUCACAAGAAGUGCCAAUUGGACAGGCUGAGUUGUCACACACUGGUCAUCAGUGGGACUAUCAAUCAACCAUGAGAGCUCCACCAUCCUCAUCACUUGGACGAGCUCCACCAUCUGCAGAUGGAAAUAUAGCAGAAACUACAGCUGCACCUCAAGCACCAUUAGAUGCAGCUGAACUUGCACCACAAGAUCCAGCAGAUGUAGCUGAACCUGCCCCUCAAGAACCAGCAGAUGUAGCUGAACCUGCCCCUCAAGAACCAGCAGAUGUAGCUGAACCUGCCCCACAAGAACCAGCAGAUGUAGCUGACCCUGCACCUCAAGCAUCAGCAGAUGCAGGUGACCCUGCCCCACAAGCAACUAGAAGCCCUGCUGCUCAAGAGCCUGUGGAUGCAUCGUAUUCUCCCCUGGGUGAGGAAUACAUUGCACUCCAGAGGAGGCUCAUAACAAGCACGAGAGCAUACAAAGAGGCCAAGAGAGGUUCUUCAGGAACCAAGAAAGGUUCAUCAGGAGCCAAGAGAGGAUACAACAACGUAGCAUAGAGCUACAGAGGGACAUGGCAGCAUCGUUAAGUGCAAGUGUUCAGAACCAGUCACAGAUGAUGUGAAUUCUGUCUGAUAUGCAGAUGUAAAUGGACAAUAGAUGGAGAGAACAAAAUCAACUCUUGGGUGUGUUGGUUGAGCACUUUACACACCAGCAGGACACUGCCUCCAGCCUAUCAUCUGUGGCCAGCACACCAGCAGAAACACCAGAAUCUUCUCAAACCAGGAGAACAAGGAAAUCCACUACAGGCACCUCAGCUCCCUCAUCCAAGAAGCAAAAAAAAUAAAUAAUAUUCUUAUAGUUCAACAUAAA